GUAAUUUUGACAAGAUGUUUACUCCGAAUCUACGGUCCGCAUAACUGGUACCUGUAGUAACUCGGGACCCUAGGUAUCCAAGCUGAUGGUCAGAGGCCAAACCGAACAAUCUGUGUGAUUAUUCGGAACUAGGAAUGAGACCCAGGUGCGAUAGGUAUUGCAGAGGACCCAGUAUCAGACCACGGAAAGAUUCUGGAACAAAAGUUCCAUGUGACAGCGGGUCGGUAAGUUACCUACUAGUAUCCACUCUACCUAACGCAGAUCAGAAUGCACGGACCAUUGCGAAACAGCCUCUUGAAAACGCGACAAGGACUUCAACAAGGCUGCCGAUGACCGCGAAAUAACCAAUCCACACUCAACACCGAAACCAUAACCUACGACAAAACCAUCAACACGGCCGUCAUGACUACUGCGAUGACGAACGGUGAUGCAGCUGCUGCAGCCGCAGCUGCAGCAGCGCUCGAGAACCUCAAGCCGCCACCCGGCGUCAUCAUCCCGCCGCCGGGCGAGAUUCGCGAGGCGAUCGAGAAAACAGCCGGCUACGUGAUGCGCGGCGGCAUCGGUCUCGAGCAGCGCAUCCGUGACAAUCAUGGAAAAAAUCCCAAGUUCAGCUUUCUGAUGUCGAGCUCGGACCCAUACAACGCCUACUACGAAUGGCGCAAGCAAGAGAUCAAGUCUGGGAGAGGAACUGCGGUAUCGGCUGGCCGUGUCGGCGAGGCGCCUGCAGCGCCGGCCCAGGCGAAGCCCGCGGGCCCGCCGAAGCCUCCCGAUUUUCAGUUUUCAGCCCGUAUGCCACGUAUGAGCCAGAAAGACUUGGAGAUCGUCCGACUAACUGCCUUGUUCGUCGCAAAGAAUGGGCGCCCCUUCAUGACACAGCUUGCCCAGCGUGAGGCAAGCAACCCCCAAUUCCAGUUUCUCAUUCCCAAUCACACAUUUCACAACUUCUUUCAGAGCCUGGUCGACCAAUAUUCGAUUCUGCUGCGCGAGAGCGGGGUCAAUGGCGAGGGAACCAAGGCCCAACAGGAGCGUGUCGAUGAGCUCCGUCAAAACGUUACCGACAAGUACAGGCUUCUGGUGCGCGCGAAGCAGAGGGCUGUGUACGCUAAGUGGCAGGAGGCCGAGAGGGCAAAGCAGGAGGAGGAGGAGGCGAAGAAGAAGCUGGAGUUCGCGAGCAUCGACUGGAACGACUUCGUUGUGGUCGAGACCAUCGUCUUUACUGAGGCAGACGACCAGGCAAACCUUCCGCAUCCGACGACGCUUAACGAUCUACAAUACGCUUCGCUGGAGGAGAGAAACAAGGCGUCGGUCAGUUCCAGCCUCCGCAUCGAGGAGGCCUUCCCGUUCGAGGAUACAAGCUACAAUGCGCAUCCUCCACAAACGUACGGUGCGCAAGCGCCCGCCGUGCAGCCGCCUACAUACCCAGCGACAAAUACUCCACCGCCCCAGUCAUACGGUGCUCCUGUGCCUCUUGCCGCACGUACGAGGCCCGCCGAGCAGGAGGCCGCGGAGGCACAGAGGACACAGGAGAGGGAAGAUGAGCGAGCCCGCGUGCAGCAGGCGCAGGCGGACGCGCGGGGCGGUGCCACUCCUAUGAAGAUCAAGGAGAACUAUGUCCCCCGCGCCGCGCAGAGAGCGGCCAACAAGUUCGGCACACAGACAGCCAUGUGUCCGAAUUGCAAACAACAAAUACCGCUCAACGAGAUGGACGAUCAUAUGAGAAUUGAAUUGCUCGACCCGCGGUGGAAGGAGCAGAAAGCCAAGGCAGAGGCCAGAUAUGCUACAACCAAUCUGUCGACAAUAGAUGUGGCCAACAACCUCAAGCGCCUGGCCAGCCAGAGAAGCGACGUCUUUGACACUACCACGGGACAGCCCGUGUCAGAGGAGGAGCUUGCCCGGAGGAAGAAAGUUGCGCUGCACGCGUUCGACGGCAAUCCAGACGGCAAGAGCCAAGCACACAUCAACCAGCUGCAGACGUUCAACCUUGACGAGCAGAUCCGGGCAAUCCAUCAGAAGUUCGCCGACAAGAAGUGAGAGGUUUAUCAUAUGCAUUGGAGCUUCCUGUCGCUGCCCAAGGGAGAAUAGAAGAGGUGGGCCAAUGGACUUGGCAGCGCAGCGCUAGCAGAACCUCGCCGUCACAACCUAGAAGAAGGUGUGACGAGAGGGGUUGCGGUUCGGAGCAUAUACGUGGACCGUAGUGAGCCAAGGUGAGGAUGCUGCCUCGUCAAAUAUCCUCGAGGCUCAUACCGACUGGCCUCACAGCAACACUUGUACAACAAGACUCGGGAUGCUCUUAUGGGAUAUUUUUCGGCGAUACAGAACGGAACUGGGUAGGCAUGUACAGUAAUGGUAUGGGAAUACAGUAGGGAGCUGCUUGCAAGGAACUACAAUGCCAGCUGAUGGAGUUACAACGCACACAAUGUAUUGUACAGUCCACCACAGUCCAAUGUCAUAAUAAGUCACUCCUG